AUCCCUUACUUUUAUUUUGAAGCCAUUUCCUGCAGCCUGGCAGCCAGCAGAGCGGAAUAAUUCAUCAGACUCUCCAGCUUUUUAAAACGUGAAAAUGGCAGACAAAUUACCACUCGAAUCAGACGAACAUGUUCUGGAACCGACUAACCUACGUGACCUGAAUGAGCCUCUCAUUGACCAUGCAGAGGGGCAGCUCUUCUUGACUGAAGCCUUCAAUAUAAUUGUGGAGGAGGUGCUCUGCAAAGGCACAGAUGUCAAACAGAAGGUUUGCGAGUGGAAAGAGCCUGAGGAAUUGGCUGAGUUGCUGGAUCUGGAGCUGAGAGAAGGAGGGGAGGGACAACAGAAACUCCUGCAGAGAGUCAGAGAUGUGGCCAAGUACAGCAUUAAGACGAGUCAUCCACGUUUUUUUAACCAGCAGUUUGCCGGCGUGGACUAUCAUGCUUUGGCUGGACGGUUCCUCACUGAGACUCUGAACACCAAUCUCUUCACCUAUGAAGUCGCUCCGGUCUUUGUGCUGAUGGAGAUGGAGGUUCUGAGAGGACUACGUCAGCUGGUGGGCUGGAAAGAAGGUGACGGUAUUUUCUGCCCCGGGGGUUCUACCUCUAACAUUUAUGCCAUGAACCUUGCACGCUACCAACUGUUCCCAGAGGUCAAAAGCCAAGGCCUGUAUGGUCUCCCACGACUGGCCAUCUUCUCAUCUCCAGAGAGCCAUUACUCUGUGAAGAAAGGGGCUGCACUGCUGGGCAUUGGGACAGACAAUGUGAUCAUGGUGAAAGUGGAUGAUGGAGGCCGCAUGAUUCCAGAGGACCUGGAUGAAAAAAUAGAACUCUCCAAAUCCCAGGGUGCAGUACCAUUCCUUGUAAGCUGCACAUCAGGGACCACAGUACAGGGAGCUUUUGACCCACUGGAUCGCAUCGCUGACGUUUGUGACAAACACAAGCUGUGGAUGCACGUCGACGCUGCCUGGGGCGGGAGCGUGCUCUUUUCCAAGCAACACAGACAUCUGAUGAAAGGAGUUGACAGAGUGAAUUCCGUAGCCUGGAAUCCACACAAGAUGCUGGUGGCCGGCCUGCAGUGUUCUGCCCUGCUGCUAAAGGACACAACGAACUUGUUGAAGCGCUGCCACAGUGCCAAUGCGACGUACCUCUUCCAGCAAGACAAAUUCUAUGAUGUGAAUCUGGACAUUGGAGACAAGUCUGUGCAAUGCAGCCGCAAGGUGGACUGUCUGAAGUUGUGGUUGAUGUGGAAAGCUGUCGGAUCCGCUGGCUUGGCAGAGCGCGUUGACAAAGCUUUUGUCCAUGUCAGGUAUCUAGUGGAGCAGAUGAAGAAAAGAGAUGGGUUCCAUCUGUUGCGUGAGCCAGAGUUUGUGAACGUAUGCUUCUGGUUCAUACCACCGAGUCUGAGAGGGAAGGAAGGAAAUGCAGAUUAUCAGGAUCGACUGGCAAAAGUAGCUCCAACCGUCAAGGAACGCAUGAUGAAACAAGGCACGAUGAUGGUGGGCUACCAGCCUCUGGGAGACAAGAUCAACUUUUUCCGUGUGAUUGCCUUUUCUCCCCUCAUUUCCCUGAAAGACCUGGACUUCUUCCUCAAUGAAAUCGAAAGACUAGGAAAUGAUCUGUAACCUAAACACAGCUCUUCAGAUGGAAUCACCUCGUUCAUCUAGAAUUUGAUGUGUGUGAAGCCAGGCGUUGGAAUUUCACAGAUUCUAACACACAAAUCACUGUACCAUUUUAGAUCAUAUGCUGGAUUUAAACAGCUGCCACAGUGUACCAAGUGAUAGAAUUAUUAACUUAAAAAAUCUCAUGUUCAAUUAAUUAUACAAUACCGUUCAAAAGUUUGGGGUUACUUAGAAAUAUUCUUAUUUUUGAAAAGAAAGGGUUUGGGUUUUUUAAAAUGACGAUAACAUUAAAUGAAUGAUAAAUCCAGUCUAGACAUUGUCAAUGUGGUAAAUGACUAUUUUAGGUGGAAAUGGCUGAUUUUUAAUGGAAUAUCUCCAUAGGGGUACAGAGGAACAUUUCCAGCAACCAUCACUCCUGUGUUCUAAUGCUACAUUGUGUUAGCUAAUGGUGUUGAAAGACUUUUUGAUGAUUAGAAAGCCCUUGUGCAGUUAUGUUAGCACAUGAAUACAAGCGUGAGUUUUCACACUUUUUAAUCCAAAUGUAAAUACAGUUCAACACAAGAAUGUG